UAGCGGGAUAUAAACAAAUACAGUUACUUAGUGAUGUUGACCGCAAUCAGUAUAUAUAGUAGAAUUGAAGAUUAAAAAUAUUAUUCAAAGUGAGACAAGAAGACGCGAAGCAAGAUGGCAAGCACUAGCUAUGUUGAUCUAUUCAAAACAGAUCUUAUUGACGAAAAGAUCAAAAACUCUUUUAAUAACACGUCGAGUAUGUUAACAAAGACAUAUUCCUUAUCCGUGCCUGACUUGACGAAUAUAAAAUCUACCCCAGCGCGUUCGUCUAAUGAUGCUAGUAUGUUUGACCCGUUAGAUUUUCAUACGUAUCUGAACGCGCAUAAAAACGGACAUGAAAAUUAUCGUCAUUUAAUGUCAAACGAAGCAAAUAAAGUAAAAAAGCCUAAUGAACCGGAACCGACGAAAGCUGAAGAUAUUACGUCAGAAGAACCUCCUCAAAACGAAAGCGCUUAUCAGUAUCCGCCUGAAUUCUAUAAAAACCAAGCGAACUCCAUACGGCACAAACGACAGCUAAACUUGCAAAAUUUAAUACAAGAAGAUUUAAAGAAAGAAGAGAUAAAGCAAGAAAUUCCUCAAGAAAAAAAUGUCAAUGAUUGGUUGAGCACCGUAUACGCGAAACCUGAUUGGUACAAAAGACGAAACAGUUUGGGAGAUUAUGGAGACCUACUAGCUCGUUCUCCACGUUCUAAGGGAUUGUCUAUUUCAGAUGAAUACAAAAAGUUCCAAACAGAAAUUAACAUGAAAACUAAUUAUGAUAAAUCUCAGGCUCGAUACACUACCUUCAAUCAAGAUCUCCAAAAGCAACCACAGGGAAACGAAUCGAGUGAUAUGUAUGAAAAUAACCAAAAGUAUUUGUCCAAUCUACUCGGUGGGUCUACGUAUGAAAAAAAGUUAUCGUACCCAGACUCUCUUGAAUCAUUUAAGUUUACUGCAUCAGAAUCGGUGCUGGGGAAAUCUAAUUCAGACAACGUAGCCGACAGUCCUCCACCUCGGCCAGAUAGCGAACAAGCUCUCUCUGAGCCUAUUCCAACGCCUACAUAUCAGCAAAACAAUGGAGAACCUCACCCGCACGCUGAGCUCCAUCGUCCAUAUAAAUACCAAGCAAAUUUGUAUCCUAAUUUUAGUUCACAAGUGAAUUACAACGCAGAUGAAGUGCAGAGAUACGGAAGCAAGCAGAACGAGAAGCAACCAGAACAUAAAGAACUAACUGAAGAACACCAGGAAGGAGGGCAGCCCGAAGAAAAAAACGAUUCUGCCGUUUUAACUGAAGCACUGGAGGAACGCACUGAAAACAUCAUGAAACGCGUUGAUGAAUUGAUAAAUCAGAGAAGUACCCCAGAAAACAGGAGAGAAAUGAAAACAAAAGAUUCUGCUGCUUCCAAGCAGAAGGAUCCACAAACAUAUAAUGAACUGCAUAAGAAGCGAAAAGAUAUAAGAAAAGUAUCUGCUAAAAGAGUGAAAAGAAAAGUGAAGCCAGAAAAUAAAGCUGAAAAGGACAAAAGUGAUGGAAAAAAGGCGGGAAAAACAGAAUCACAAUUUAGUCAAAACGUACCUGCCGAAGAUACAAAUGGUUUGCAUUGUCAAUGUUCUGACGAAGAACCGGCAGCCGAAGUUAUCGAUGCCAAGGAGAGUGCUGAUACGGCGCCGCCGAAACCUUUAUGGUAUGACGAUUUCAGAUUUACUUCACAAUACCCUUUCCUUUCACAGCAUCCACCUAUUCAUCAGCAAAACCCAGCUCUGCAAAAGCUUAAUCGGCCACCGUUGUAUUCGUCAACACUAAACAAUUACCACUGGAGUUACCCACUGACCGCAGAAGAAGUCUACCAUAAUACUGGUGUAAGCCUCCAAGAGCAGGAGUACUAUCUUGAAAAUCGUGGCGGGAAUCUUCAUCAGAGAUAUGAAGAUAGCCCACUGGCACAAAGAUAUUUUUCUGCCGCUUCCGGAAGACCAUUUCCUCCUAUUAGUAAUGGUUCACCAAAUAAUAGCAGUCCGGUACAUAAAAGUCACCGGUUACAUUCACCGAAGAAUUCAACUGGAAAUGUGGGGGAUCGUGUUAGCAAGAGCUUGCAAAAGGCAGACCGAACUGAUGAUUUGGCAUUCAAAGGAGUUGACGUCGAAUCUGAGGAUUACUUUGCAAAGAAAAACAAAGUGAUGCGUCAGAAAGAAUACGCAGAAUUGCUGCGUCAGCAUCAAAGAGAGAUGACUAAAGAGAAACCACAAGUACGAAGUUGGCGCCACCCAGAUUUGGUGGAGAAAGAACACCAAGAAUCCAAGAGGGCGGCGGCGUUAAAUUUUGCGAAAACCGUUCCGAAACCACCUGCGAAGAAGAGUAGCACUCCUCCAAAGCAGUUAUCUGAACACGAAGAGUUAAUAGACGCCAUCGAAGUAAUGAAGCAAAGACACAACGAGGAGAAGUACGCCAUUGAACAAAUGCGAGCUCAAAUUCAACAGAGAAUGACCCUAGCUGGCUAUUAAACUAUAAACUAAUAAUAUUUAAAACGAGUGUCACACAAUUCUUCACUUUUAUUGUAUUUUUUAUUUUAGUAUUAGCGCGAACCACCAAGUAAAUGUAUAAUGUACUAAUAUUGUCACAGAGAGCUUGUGCCUCUCUUCAA